CUGCGCAAACCAUGGAACAAACGGCAUUUGUUUGGACUCUUCUCUGACAUUAAACCUAUAAAACUCGUACUAAUUUGCUCUUCACUCCAUUGGGUUUUCCACGUAGGAUGUAACAAACUUACUCAGACAUAACGCUGAUAAACAGCUGUUCAUAGUUUAUCGUUUUUAAUAAAAUGUAACUCUUCGUCCUGAGUGUUCGAAACAGCGGCUCGUCUAGGAACGGACAACCAACUCAUACUUCCUGUUCUGAUCUUAUUCUAAGGAGUCUAAAGCCGUCAAGAUGCUUGAGACACCUGGAUAUCCAUUUGAAGAGAUAGAAUAUGAGGAUAUAGAAGUUGAAGAGGUUGUUGGCAGAGGAACAUUUGGAGUUGUCUUCAAGGCCAAAUGGAAAGGCAAAGAUGUGGCCAUCAAGACCAUAGAGAGUGAAUCUGAGAGGAAAGCUUUUGUAGUAGAGCUCCGCCAGCUUUCCAGAGUAAAUCACCCAAAUAUUGUCAAGCUCUAUGGUUCAUGUCAUAAUCCAGUCUGUCUUGUUAUGGAAUACGCUGAAGGUGGCUCUUUAUACAAUGUGCUGCAUGGAGCUGAGCCCCUGCCCCAGUACAGUGCAUCCCAUGCUAUGAGCUGGUGUCUGCAGUGUGCUCAGGGGGUCUCCUAUCUCCAUGGCAUGAAACCCAAGGCCCUCAUUCACAGAGACCUCAAACCACCCAAUCUGCUACUUGUACAGGGGGGCACAGUGUUGAAGAUCUGUGACUUUGGGACAGCCUGUGACAUUCAGACACACAUGACCAACAACAAAGGAAGUGCAGCCUGGAUGGCACCAGAAGUGUUUGAAGGCAGUAACUACAGUGAAAAGUGUGAUGUGUUCAGCUGGGGUAUCAUCCUGUGGGAGGUGAUCACUCGCAGGAAGCCCUUUGAUGAGAUCGGAGGAUCGGCCUUCUGCAUCAUGUGGGCCGUGCACAGAGGUACUCGCCCACCCCUGAUAAAGGACCUCCCGGAGCCCAUUGAGGGCCUGAUGACACACUGCUGGGACAAAGACCCUGCCCAGAGGCCCUCCAUGGAGGAGGUCAGAAACACCAUGGCAAGCCUCAUGAAGUACUUCCCAGGGUCUGAUGAGCCUCUUCAGUAUCCCCACCAGUGUCCAAGCAACAGCAGGAGUGGCUCCUCCUCAGCCACAAGCACAGGUUCCAAUGCAGACAACACUAUCAACAGCUACAGAUCCGAAAGCAACAUGGAGCAUGGAACAAACUGUCAAGAGAGAGAUGACACCCUGAAAAAUGAAAAAUUUCCACUUCAGUUCAAACCAAAGGGGGGAACAUUACGCCCCAGCCUGCCCCUAUCCAGAGGGCCUAGUAUGGAGAGCCUGCCUGAGCGUACCCAGAGCCCUGCCCCCACUGAGGUCAAAGGGCAAUGUGCUGGCCAGUCAGGGCCAGAGCUGAGAGCACCUAUCAGUCCCACAGAUAUUAAUGGUUUGGACAGCUCCAUCCCCAUGGCUUAUCUGACACUAGAUUACCAGCUGCAGCCCCUGGCCCCAUUCUCAAACUCCAAAGAGUCCAUGGCUGUGUUUGAGCAGCACUGCAGAAUGGCCCAGGAGUACCUGAAAGUGGAGACUGAAAUUGCCCUACUCACCCAGAGAAAGAAGGAGUUAAUCUCUGAGCUGGACCAGGAUGAAAGGGAGCAGCAAAAUACGUCUCGUCUGGUUCAGGAGCACAACAAACUGUUGGACGAGAACAAGAGCCUCUCCACCUACUUCCACAUUUGUAAGAACAAGCUGGAGCGGAUUCAGAGUCAGCAACAACAGAAGAGUUAGAAUGCCUCUUGAUGUGUGCUUGUUGCCCCAGAACUGUCCUCAGAUCAUCAGCAGCCAAAUAGACUGUCAAGGGGCCAUUUUGUGAUGUCUUCUCUGUAGACCCUCAACUGUUUUGGGAUUUGCAGCCAAAUAUACCUGCCAUAUUUGUGAUGACUGCUUCAUAUUUCUCAUCAACUGUUUUCAGAUUAGCAGCCCAAGAGACUGGCCAUUUAGUGAACUCUUUCCUGUUGCUCUUAAGCUGUUCCUGGAUCAGUGGCCAAAGCGGAAGGCCAUGUCAUUAUGAAUGCUUUGUAGAUCCUCAACUGAUCCACAGUCAGCAGCAGACUGCACAAAGCAUAUCUCCCCUCAGAUUCCCCAAUGCGCUGUACAGCAACAACAUACUCCACCUGUCUCAAUCCAGAGCUGCGUUCAGUACAACAAUGUUGCGAAAUGUUGUGCAAGACCUAUUAAGAACAGCUAAGUUAAUUUACAUGCAUGUUUUCGGAAAGACGUCAUUCUAUUCUGCCAGAGGUACACUGGACUAGUUGAACAAGGAAAGUCUGGAGGCCCUGUAAAGUCAUCUCCUACAGUAGUUAUUGACAUCCAGAGGAAAAUGCAGUUGCCCCUAGAGACUGAUCUUGGGGCAGUUUAGUACCCCCCCCUCUCACCAUUGUGCCUAAGGGCAACUUCUGCCCAUAGCUCGACAUCCAGGAAUUAUCAGAAAGGCUUUGUAGAAAAUGAUUGAUGUUGUGAAGGGGGGUGACUUGCAGUAACACCUCAGAUGACUUGAGGUGUUUCCUGUCUUGUAGCAGAUGACUGUCACUAUACCCUCCCCAGGACUGUUCUAGAGGUGCUAGUUGUAAAAGAAGUGACUCAGCUUGUUUUCACCGUCUGACUCUGGCCUCUCUGUGACAGCUAACUUGGUAUGGAGAUGACAAAUAGAUGACUAAGUUGUGUUUUUAAAUGUUUAUGCUCAUUCUUAUAUCUGUAUUCCCUUUUUACGUACACAGUAAACAAAACAUUAGGAACACCUUCAUAAUGUUGCAUUGCACACCCUUUUGCCCUCAGAACAGCCUCAGUUUGUCAGGGCAUGGACUCUACAAG